AUGGCUCAACUGAGCGAAAAUUCCUGGUACGUGUGGUACUUGCGUGAAGUCGAAGCCGGGCACCUCAAGUUGCCUGAGUUUGAUACCAAUGCGGGUGGUGAGGUUCAGAUUCAUUACGGUGAGGUCUACUGUCGCGUGGAUGAAUGCGGCAAGCGCAAG